GGACUUAAGGCACCCCCCAUCCUUGGUCCACACGCCAUCACGCUCGCUUCAUACGACCCUUGCGACCGGCCGAAGCAAGACAAUGUCCUACAGAGCUUGAUUGUCGCGCAGUUGGCACAAGGUUUGGAUGGGACGCUGGCGAUAAAAUGCCCGGCACUUGUGAGGUUUGCGUCUCGGAGCCUUCGAAGUACCGAUGCCCAACAUGUGGGCUCAUGAGUUGCUCCCUGGCAUGCACUCAGUCCCAUAAAAUCUACUGCGCACCUAAAGCACCAUCACCAAAACCGACCGGUCCAACCGUCGACCCUCAACAGCCUGCCAGCCAAUCGAACGAGCAUGCAACCAGCGAGGUAGCACUUAAGGCCCAAGACGGCCUCGAUAUCAAAUCCCUAGGGAGCUCGGCCGAACUCAAAGAUUUACUCGAUCGGUUCCCUUCGCUUCGUGAGGAGCUGUACGAUAUCUACAAGGCUACCCUGGAGGGAGCAUGGGUGGAGACCCAGCGCUUUGGAGGUCGGGGUCGACAUCAUGGGAGAGGCAAAGGACCGCACCGUCAUAAUGGACCGUGGACCCGUGAGAAGGGCUUCAACCGAGGAGUGGGAAGGGUGAGGAGGCUACGGGAAAGAUGCGAGGAGGGUCUGGAGACUGGGAAGAAAGCGGAGGGGUUCGUGCGCUUCACGUCCCUGGUCACUGGUAAUGAGCUUCCACACGAGGGCAUGUAAGGGACCCCAUAAUAGUUGCGACUUCGCAGGACCCAACGCUGCCGGCAUUCAUGUCUGGGUACUUCCCGGCUGCGCACUCCACUAAAAAGUCUGCCGAGGAUGUGUGUAUUUGCAUGCUAGUCCAGUCAGGAGUUCAUGGGGAUGAGAAAGGUGGACAAGGCCUAGUCAAGACGGAUGUUCAAGUACAUCCCGAGGAUGCAUAUGAAAAUAUAAAGUAGUCCGUUAACUCGCUCAACCACAACUAUCACCGACCGCGGUUGAUCCAUCAUUGGGAAGCCAUCAUAUUACUAGAACAAAUGAGAUUUCC